ACAGUCGACGACGAUGCCACGCCUAUCUACUAAUCUCACCCCUGAAAUCUCGAGCGAAUCUCAACCUCCAACCCCGUCUCCACCAUGUCGCCGCCUGCCCCCUCCCUCCUCUCCUCACCGCUGCCUUCUCCGGCCACGAUCUUCUCCAGGAAGCCGUCCUUGCGGCUCCCGCCGCUCGCCAGGAGGCGCGGAGCCGCCCGGGUUGUUGCGGCGGCGGCGGCGGCGUCGGCCCCGCCGGUGUCGGGGCAGCAGCGGGCGCGGCCGUCGGCGGCCGAGGUGGCGCGGACGGUGGUGGAGCUCGCGCCGUCCGGGACGCUGUCCGUGGUGGGCCCCGAUGGCUGGCCGCUCGGCGUCGGGGCCCGCUUCGUCGCGGACGCCUCCGGCGCGCCCGCGCUGUGCCUUGCUGCCUCGGGGGCGGGGGCUGCCGUGCCCGAUGCGCCGUCCAGCUUCCACGUCGGGUUUCGGCAGAGUGGGGCCAGGACACCGCAAUGUACUUUGCUUGGUGCUUUGACUAAACCUAGUGAUGAACUUGUAUUAAAGAAACUUUCUACUAGGUGGCAAAAGAAAUUUGGGGAGGAGAUAGACCAAGAUCUGUUAUAUUUGAUAUCAGUAGAGCGAAUCCUGCACAUUGAAGAUUUCAGUGAGGAUGGCAUGUGGGUAAUUCCAUCAGAAUACAGUGAUGCAGAACCUGACCCUCUUCGAAAUUUUGCUGAAAGCAUUGUUGAGGAAAUGAACAGCAAACAUGCUGAAGAUGUUCAUAGGAUAUACAGUAUUUACGUUGAAUCAGAUUUUCAGGCGACAGAUGUGAAGAUGAUUUGGGUAGACAGGUUGGGUUUUGACUUGCAUGUUCAGUCUGGGGAAGGCACCUUUGCUGUCCGGAUCCCUUUCUCGAGGGAGGUCUCCGAUGAGAAGGGAGUGAAAUCAUCGUUCAAUAUGAUGUCUCAUCAUGCUUGGGAAGUGGAGAAGAGUUAUGCUGACCCAGAGUUUGAGAAGGUAGAUAUCUUGAAGAAAGUCAGAUAGUUACUGUAAUUUCUAUGGUACUGUCUUACACUACAUCCAGACAUCCAGUGUCAGCAUUUUUUUGUCAUUCAUACGAGUAUAGUGCAAAUUUUUACCACAAAAUGUAUCAAGUAUGUUGUGUGCAUCUCCAUUUUUCGCAACAUGUGUUGUAGCUUAGUGGUUCUUUUAUGGAGGGAAUACUGUAUUAGCUGGCUUACUAUUACUGUUCCAGUGGUAGUUGUGAGCUGUGAGAUGAGAUUGUGCUAAUUAUAUCAUGUUCCAUUAUAUUCUCCUGGUAACUGGUAUAGCUUGCUAUCCUAACGUGUGGUCACUAUAUGAUCAUCAGCUGUAAUAUGCGACAUUCUAGGUAGUCAGAAUUUCAGUUGAGUACAGACUUAUAAAAGGAAUGUACCCUAAGUGUAAAACACUUUGAUGUAAUGUUCUCAAGUGGCAUUUUCUAAAGAAAAUCCCUUGGGUAUUUUGGUUUCUUGUUACCAGUGGAAGGUAGCUAGAGACUCGAGCCAACAGUUUAUCGAAUAUACGCGGUGUAUUUGUGUUUGAA